AUGGGUUGCAUCACGGCCGAGGAAGAGCUUCCGUUCACGUCUCACGGCCCUCGCCCGAAAGUGGGAGAUACCUAUUCCGUAUAUAACACACAGUCACUCAACUACACUAUGCACUUACCGAAUCGCAUCAUCAUGAAGGUGUUCGUGUGUUUAAUGUGUGUUGUGGCGGCCGUCAGUGCUGGUUACAUCGGGGGAGGAAGUGGGGGCUGGUCGGGCGGCGGCGGUGGUGGUUAUGGAGGCGGCGGAUGGUCUAGCGGCGGUGGUGGCGGAUGGUCAGGUGGCGGCGGCGGCUACGGUGGUGGCGGCGGCUACGGCGGUGGCGGCCAUGGCAGUGGUGGACAGGUUAAGAUCAUCAAAAUCAUAACCACAGGAGGCGGCGGUGGAGGCUAUGGCGGUGGUUACGGAGGCGGCCACGGUGGUGGUUGGUCCAGCGGAGGAAGUGGUGGAGGCUGGAAGCUCGGUGGUGGUAGUGGCGGCUGGUCCGGCGGUGGCAGCGGCGGCGGAUGGAAACUCGGUGGAGGCAGUGGUGGCUGGUCCGGCGGUGGUAGCGGUGGCGGAUGGAAACUCGGCGGUGGCGGCGGCGGUUGGUCCAGUGGAGGCAGCGGAUACGGUGGCGGUUACGGCGGCGGUUCCGGCUGGAAAUCUGGCGGUAGUGGCUGGUCUAGCGGUGGCUCCUCCGGCUGGUGGUGA